AUGGGGAGCGCGUGCCUCCCAGUGUCGGGGCGCAAGGGCAGACAUGCAAGGGUACUCCCUGCGGAGCUGCUGCGCUGGAACGAGGCGGCGGACACCCAGCUGCCACACAAGGCGGCGUUGUUGAUCAGGGCGGAUGCCAGCUCGUUGCAGCGGGCGCGGGUGGGGUGCGUGACGGUGGUGGCACAGCUGCUGCCGUGUGGGGCGGGCUUUCCUGACUCCCGUAACGCAUUCGACACUUAUUUUGCGGCGGCCGCCGCGCAACGCGAAAAGCGGGUGGCGGAGAACGCUAUGGGAAGGCGCCGGGGAGCCCGCGACUGA